AUCCACGGAUGAGUAUACUGUGAAGUGUAAAGUAGGAAAUUGUAACCUUCCCUUCUAAUAAUUGAAUUGAAUUUAUAAACAUACAAUAAAAGUGAAAACAGAUAUCGCUAAACAUGGAUGAUGCAGAUGCACCAGAAGAACUUUCCAGCAGGGGUGGGCAAGAUACUUGGUCAAGAUACAAGAUAAAAGAUACAAGAUAGUAUCUUUAUCUUGUAUCUUCGUCGCCUGAUCAGAGAAGUAUCUUGUAUCUUCUAUCUUCUAUCUUUUAGAAAGUCGAAAGUAUCUUGUGUAAGUAUCUUAUCUAGAUAUGCAUGGCAGAAAAGUAUCUUAAGAUACUUUUGACAAGAUACAAGAUACUUUUUCUCAAAAUUCCGUCAAAUUACGUCAAUUUCUUACUAAAGUCAGUCAAUUUGACCAUGAAUUUGUCGUAACCAGAAUUUGGUGAAUUUUUAGUUUAUGUUUUGCCAAUUCGUAACAAACUUGUACAUAUAUGCACAUAUAUAUAUAUAUAUGUACAUGUGUACUCGUACAUACAUACUGAUACAUACGUUGCACAUUACAUCUACGCUGAACUAAUGUAUAGAUCUUAUAGGGUUUAGUUUGAAUAAGCAGGGAAUAUUGUAAAAAUAAUACCAGCUUCUUAAGAAUAUACGUAUGUUAGGUAGAGUUCUAGUUUUUCGAAAUUUAGACCUUUUUCGAUGUAUAAGCACUGGCAACAAAAUUUGUAAAAUGAUUCUAGAAUGAUUUUAAAUUUUGUACUUACUAGAUUUUUUCGGUUAAAUGAUUAAACAUGACUAAUUGGGCAUGAAUACCAAGCUAAAAAAGAAAGUAUCUUAUCUAGUAUAAAAGUAUCUUAAGAUACAUAUCUUGUAUCUUGUAUCUUGACUACUCAAUUUUUAGAAAAGUAUCUUGUAUCUUGUAUCUUGUGUACUUAAACAAGAUGUAUCUUUUAUCUUGUAUCUUAUAUCUUGUCUUAGAGAGUAUCUUAUCUUGUAUCUUGUAUCUUACGACCAAAGUAUCUUGCCCACCCCUGCUUUCCAGCUCAAUUCCUGAUGUCGAAAUGCAUGAAAUCGUGCCGGAGGAAAUUAUACUGCUUGAUGAUUCGAGCAACUCAUGCGACAAACCUAGCUCAGGCCCGAAUAGCGAUGGCGAAUCAAAAUCCAAUGUUUGUAAAAAUGAUCCUGAGGCUGAAUUCAUCCAAAGCAUGGGAAGAGGCCCAUCGUCUUCAAAGAUAAAAGCGGGUACAGCUGAAUAUUUACAGUUUAUGCAAGAUUUUGACCCUCAAAAAUCCAGUCGUAAUCAACAAAAGAAAAAGAAAAGAUAUCACCACAAUGAUGGCAGAUUAGUACAGUAUGCAGACGAUUUUGAUGAUUGUGAUUGUCUGAGACCUAAUUGUGUAGGCUGUCAUAUGCCCUGCCCCUCGUGCAAUGACACUAGGUGUGGAAGUGAGUGUAGGGUAAGCAGAAAAUGGAUAUACGAGACUGUAGAAAUUGAAGGAAGCAACGUAGAAUUUCGAAAUCCUCACAGCUCUUCCUUUACAUAACUUCUCAGUUAUUAGAUAAUGGUUUUCCUUAUCAUUGUACUAGCUGUUUUAGUCUGACCCAGGGAUUGUACAACAUUAGCUGAAAUUUUAGAAAGUUAAUGCCCGUAAUUUAAUGUCACGCGAAAUGAACCACAUUUAGCAUGAGUUAAUUUAUCCAGGCGCAGAGCCAACGAAUUGAUAAUAGUGAUGUAAAAUUUAGCGUCCCACUGUUUGUACAUCAUGUAUAUAAUAUAUGGCGCAUGAUCGUCAAAGUAUAUAUUUAUUGACGACUCUUUAAAUUUGAAACCGACACUGUUCAACCUUCUCAAAGACCUUUACGAAAUACGUGUAUUGAUCACACUAUCAAAAAUUUGUUUUCAAUAUUUUGGGAUUUUAGUAAAUAAAAUAUUUGCAUCAGCAUUUCGAUACUGUGUAUUCAAAUAUUUGUUACUAGAAAAUUCCAGUUACAUUGUUAUUUCUCGCAAUUUUAAAGUUUUAAUAAAUUUGCAUUGUCAAAUUUUUUGACUCAAAUGAUCACAAAGAUGAAUAAAAAUUUUACUUAUUAUUCCAUUUAAACAGAAUUUUUAAAAAUCUGACUUUUGUAACUUACUCGACAUUUCUUUCCGGAAAUUAAGUAUAUGGUUUAAAUGUUUUUAAUGUUUUAUGGUUAUAUAUUUAAUGUUUUAUUCACCGUAAUUUGUUAACAAUAUCAUUUAAAAUGCAUGGAAGUUUUAAGUGUAAUAAAUUUCGUUAAACGUUUUUCGUGGUCGGAGGGAGUCGCUGGAGGAGAAAAGCUGUGGAGCGAGUGGUUCUUCAGUCGUGGUAGUGAUCCGUUGUCCAAUGUCUUUAGUAAAAGUUUAUGGUUUAAUUUACUGAAAAUAUUAAUUUUAUGGAAAUACUAAUAGAAUGUAACUGAAGAGCUUUAACUAGUUAGACAUCAGCCCUAAAAAUGGGUUUAUAAAAAAAAAUUCAAAAUAUUUUUCGGUAUUUAUUAAAAACAUAAAAUAAUCGAGGUUGAUUGUAACCAAUUGAUAAUAGUGUAAUAUAGAUUAGCAACACGAAAUAAAUCCUUUAUGCAUAUACUUUUGACAAACGUAUUUAUUAAAAUUGUAUUAUAGGUUUAAAGGAUAAAA